AUAUUACAUAAUAUGAUGUAUCAAUUAAAAUAGUGGUAGAGACAAUCGUUUGUGCUAAUUUAAGAUCCUUAUGUUAUGUCCUUAUAUAUCCUUACAUUAAUGCAAAUAUUAUUGUUAUGAUGUUUAACGAAAAGUUAAGGUUCAGGGACACCAAUAAAUAAAAGCAAAUUGGUGGAACUGCUAACCAUGUGAAUGUUUCAUUGAACUUACUGAUGAGUAAUGAAUCAUUCAUUUAUCUUUUUCAAUCUCUGUUUCAUUUUGACUUUUGUUCAGGUUGUGAAAAUGGAGUCUUUGUCUGCAUCAAACACACAAUUCUCUCUCAAUGUGUUUAAGAAGAUCAGUGAGAUAAACACUAGUGGAAAUGUCUUCUACUCUCCUCUCAGCAUCUCCUCGGCUCUGGCCAUGGUGUCACUUGGUGCUGAAGGAAACACAAAAGAUCAGAUCUUACAGGUUCUGUGCCUUAACAAACUUCUGAAACCUGAGGCUGCAACUCCAGCACCUGAACCAGCGGUCCUGCCACAGACCCAGAAACCCAAAACAUCUGGCUGUUGUGAAGUUAAACAUGAACCGCUAGUGAUGCCCGAAGAUCAGAAACCCCAGAAAUCUCCUGCUCACUCAACACCUGGGUACAAAACUGAAGACCAAAUUCAUUCCAGCUACAACAAACUCAUGAGUGAGUUGAACAAAUCAGGAGUCCCAUAUAUGUUGAGUCUUGCCAAUCGUCUGUAUGGAGAGAAAUCCUAUCAGUUUAUUGAUAAAUUUAUUAGUGACUCACAAAAAUACUACCAGGCUGGACUGGAGUCUGUGGACUUCAUAAAAAACUCAGAAGCUGCACGCGUCAACAUCAACAACUGGGUGGAGGAAAACACACAAGGGAAGAUCAAAGACUUGCUGAAACAUGGGGUCCUCAAUAAUUUGACACGUUUGGUUUUGGUGAACGCCAUCUACUUCAAAGGAAACUGGGAGAAAAAAUUCAAAAAGGAAGCCACAGUUGAUCAACGAUUUAAAUUGAACAAGAAUAAAACUAAAAAAGUAAAGAUGAUGAAACAGAAGUCAGAGUUUCCUAUGACCUUCGUCCCAGAGGUGAACAGUCAGAUCCUGGAGCUGCCGUAUGUCGGGAAGAGUCUGAGUAUGUUGAUCAUCCUUCCAGAUGAGAUUGAAGACGACACCACUGGACUUCAGAAGCUGGAGAAAACACUGACCUAUGAGAAGCUCAUGGAGUGGACCAAACCUGACAAGAUGUGUCUACUAGAAGUUGAGAUAUCUUUUCCUAAAUUCAAGCUGGAAGAAACGUAUGACAUGAAGAAUCUACUGGUGAAACUGGGAAUGGUGGAUGCUUUUGACAUAGGGAAGGCUAAUUUUUCAGCUAUGUCCCCCAAAAAUGAUCUGGUGGUGUCUGAGGUGAUUCAUAAAUCUUUUGUUGAAGUCAAUGAAGAAGGAACAGAAGCAGCAGCGGCUACUGGUGUUGUUGUAAUGACCAAAUUAUGUUCACGGUUUGCAAAGAUCUUUAAUGCUGAUCAUCCCUUCCUGUUCUUUAUCCGACACAAUCCCACCAACACCAUUCUGUUUUAUGGACGCUUCUGCUCUCCAUGAGCUCAUUUGAAUGAUUGUACAAUGAAAAGUUUAC